AUGCCUCCUCCGCCACAUCAAAAACCCGAGAAUGUGUUGAAGCGCGCUCACGAACUUAUGGGCGUGGGGCAAGCCCCGGCUGCCCUCACCCUUCUUCACGAGCAUAUCGUUUCGAAGAGAUCCCGAAAUGUCCCCAUCGCCUCUCUGGAGCCGGUGGUGCUCCUGUUGGUUGAACAGUCUGUCAUACAAAAGAAGGGCAAAUUGGCCAAGGAUGCCUUGUACCAGUACAAGAAUAUCAGCCAGAACACCAACGUCGGCACAAUCGAGCUUGUCCUGAAGAAGUUCAUCGAGUUGGCCGAAGAGAAAGUGAAGACCGCCCAGGCUGAAGCGGACGAGGCUCAGUCGACGCUCGAAACCAAGGCAGCCACUGCCAGUGUCGAUGACCUUGAAGCCACCGAGACCCCAGAAUCGAUCCUCUUGUCGACCGUCUCCGGCGAACAAUCUCGGGAUCGCACUGAUCGUGCAAUCGUUACACCAUGGCUCAAGUUUUUGUGGGAGACGUACCGAACCGUUCUCGAUAUCCUGCGAAACAAUGCGAGGUUGGAGAUUAUGUACCAGAGUACUGCUAUGCAGGCUUUUGAGUUCUGUCAAAAGUACACGCGCAAGACCGAGUUCCGCAGACUCUGCGAGCUCCUUAGAAACCAUGUUCAGACUGCUGCGAAGUACUCGGCUCAGAUGCACGCCAUCAACCUCAACGACCCAGAUACCUUGCAACGCCAUCUUGAGACGCGUUUCCAACAGUUGAAUGUUGCUGUCGAACUUGAACUUUGGCAGGAGGCUUUCAGGAGUGUGGAGGAUAUUCACACCUUGCUCAACCUCAGCAAGCGCCCACCCAAGAACAUCAUGAUGGCCAACUACUACGAAAAGUUGACUCGUAUCUUCUUGGUUGGGGAGAACUAUCUAUUCCAUGCUGCUGCUUGGUCUAGAUACUACAACCUUCUUCGCCAGUCCGCGGCCAUCGUUGCCUCCGGCCAAGGCAAGAAGGCAGAUAACCCAGCUACGUCCGAAGCUGAUCUCUCCAAGGCAGCUUCCUUCGUCCUUCUUUCAGCCCUCGCCAUUCCCGUCAUCAGCACUUCAAGAUCCCGAGGUGCUCUGGUUGACAUUGACGAAGCCAAGAAGAACAAGAAUUCUCGCCUCACCCAUCUUCUUGGAAUGGCCCAAGCCCCCACUCGUGCUGUCCUUUUCAAAGAUGCUAUGAGCAAGGGUCUCCUAAAGCGUGCUCGCCCAGAGAUUCGUGACCUCUACAACAUCCUUGAAGUUGACUUCCACCCUCUAUCCAUUUGCCAGAAGAUCUCCCCCAUCUUGACUCAGAUUGGUGCCGAUGCAGACAUGGAGAAAUAUAUUCUUCCUCUUCAGCAGGUCAUCCUCACGAGACUCUUCCAGCAGCUUUCACAAGUGUACGAAACUGUGGAUCUGAAAUUCGUUGAGGAUCUCGCCAAGUUCCCAGAGCCUUUCCAAGUCAGCAAGGAUACGAUUGAGAAGUUUAUCAUGAAUGGCAACAAGAAGGGCGACCUUGCUAUCCGCAUGGAUCAUGCCACUGGUGUCCUCAGCUUCGACACGGAUGUCUUCUCUUCAACCAAGGCCAUCCACGCUGGCUCUGGUGCUGGCUCGGCCGAGAGCGAAACGAGCUCGGUGCAGAGACUCCAGAACACGCCAUCCGAAAUUGUCCGAACCCAGUUGACUCGUCUAGCAAAGUCUCUUUACAUUACGUGCCAGUAUAUUGAUCCGACGUUCAAUGAGGCUAGAAUCAAGGCCCGAGAUGCUGCCUAUGCACGAGCUAAAGCUGGUGCGGAGCAGGAGCAUAUCGAUACCUUGGCUCGGAAGACGAUCAUCCAGAAGAGAAAGGAGGAGGCCUCUGAGAUUCAAGCACGCAAAGAAAAGGAAGAUGCCACCCGGAAACGUAUCAGAGCCGCUCAGAUUCAAGAAGCCGAAGACAAGCGUCUCGCUCAGGAGCAGAAAGAACGCGAGGACAAACGUCUCAAGGCAGAGUUGGACCGAGUACGCAAAGAUGAGCUCAGGAAGCAGAUUGCAGAUCUCAAGAUUGGCCCCAAGGCUAUUGACAUCGACGUUGAGGAUCUGGAUAACCUCGAUGGCAACCGUCUGCGUGCGAUGAAGCUUGCACAGUUGGAGAGGGAGAAGAACGACAUAAAUGAGAAAUUGCGUGUCACUGGCAAACGUAUUGAUCACCUUGAACGUGCCUUCCGAAAGGAAGAAGCCAAGAAGCUCCCCGAAGACUACGCACAGCAACGUGAAAGGGAUUUGGCCGCCUAUGAGAAGAUCAAGGCCCAGACUUUGAAGGACGCUGAGGCCAAGCACAAGGAGAAUGUCGCACUCAAGCACAGAUUGAGCCGUUUAGUAACCUUCUACGAGUCCUUCCGAGAGUCGGUUCACGAACGCAGACACGAUGAGUUUGAGAAGCGCCGUCGUGAUGCUGAGAAGGAGCUCGAGAAGCAGAUUGCACUACGCAGAAAGGAGUUCAGAGAGCGCAAGAUCCGUGAAAAGCGAGAGCGUGAGGAACGAGAGAGGGCUCUCCGUGAGGAGGAAGAGCGUGCUGCGAAGGAAGCAGAGGAGAAGGCCGCGAGGGAUGAGAGGAAGAGGCAAGAAUUCCAGGAGCUCAAGGCUAUCCGAGAGCGGGAGAGGCAAGAGGCACUAGAGAUAGCUGCUCUGCAGGCACGCAGAGCUGAGGAAGCUGAGCGACGCAGAGCAGAACAAAAGGCGGCGGCUGCUGCUGCACCGGUUCGCGGUGCACCCGCGAUGGAGCGCGCCGACUCCGGCGAGCGAAGAGCACCGCUCCCACUUGUCGGUGCGAAGCUCAGCUGGAGAGAGAAGGAGAAAUUGCGAGCGGAGGGUAAGGAAGUGCCGGGAGCAGCGAGAAAUGAGUCCCCGGUGGCGCGCGCCUCACCAAUGGGACGCGCUCCUGAGCGGACUGAUUCCAGUGAACGCCCGUCCGGCCCGCCUCGCUUGGCGUUGGCUGGCGGAAAGCCGUCCUGGAGAGAGAGAGAGGCUGCGAAGGCAGCAGGCGGUGAAGUCCCUCCAGCACGCCGUGAUAACUCGCCCGCUGCGGCGCCAUCAGGCGAAACCCUCAAGCCUUCUGGUUCAGCAGGAAAGUUUGUGCCUCCUCACCUGCGCAAUAGGGCUUGA